AUGAAUUAAAUGCCUGGCUUUAGCCAUCGUUUACAUUGCUCUCGUUAGCCAUCCUGAUGGAGGUGAGCACGGCUUCUCGCCUGCAGCAUGGCCUUUUCCAGGGCACAGUCUCAGCCCUGGGAAGAGACUGAGGCAAACCAGACCCUGAGGACAAGGCUGGGGGGAUCGUUCCGAGAGGACUGAGCUCCUUUGAAGUAGCACUUCAUAAAUCCUGGUCCUAAAAAGGGCUCUGCAGCGUUCGCCCUUGCAGGCCUAAAAACAGACGCGCUUUUCCCGUGGGUAUCACGGCAGGUUUAUCAGCCAUCAUGUUGCUAUUUUCUUUCCAGGCACCCGGGGCCAUACGCGUUUAGGUUUUCAGUGAUCGUUUAGCAAGCAGCCCCCAUGCAGCCCACCCAGUGCAGGUGCUGGAGGGGGAGAUGUCCCCCCUUUUGCGGCUGGGGAGGGGUGGCUGGUGGCUUUGCUGCGCCGGGAGCUGAUGACAAUGGGCAAUUGUCAAGUUGGGGCCCCUCUCGUUUGAGUUUUCUUCCUUUUAUAGUAAGUAGCAGUUGCUCCAGCAGCUGGCCUGCCCCUCUGGGGUGAGGACAGGGCUCAGUAUAUAAGAGAAGGAGCAGACUUUGCCUUUCAUCCCUCUGUUCGGCUGCUUCACUGGGCGGCAGGGCUCAUCCUUGCAAAGACCCAGCGCGAUGCCGCUCAAGAAACCCGACCCGAAGAAGGAAGCAGCCAAACUGGCUCCAGCCCCGGAGCCACCCAGGGAGCCUGCCUUCGAUCCCAAGAGUGUGAAGAUUGAAUUCACUGCAGAGCAGAUCGAAGAGUUCAAAGAAGCCUUCAGCCUGUUUGACCGGACGCCCACAGGAGCCAUGCAGAUCACCUACGCGCAGUGCGGCGAUGUCCUACGGGCACUCGGCCACAACCCCACCAACGCAGAGGUCCUGAAGGUGCUGGGCAAGCCCAAACAAGAAGAAAUGAACACAAAGAUGCUGGACUUCGAGACCUUCCUCCCCAUCCUGCAGCAUUUCACCCGUAACAAGGAGCAGGGCACCUUCGAGGACUUUGUUGAAGGGCUGCGCGUCUUCGACAAGGAGGGCAACGGCAUGGUGAUGGGGGCUGAGCUGCGCCAUGUGCUGGUCACACUGGGUGAGAAGAUGACAGAAAGCGAGGUGGAGCAGCUCAUGGCAGGGCAAGAAGAUGCCAAUGGCUGUAUCAACUAUGAAGCUUUUGUCAAGCACAUCAUGUCUGGCUGAAAGAAGAAACUUCAGGCUCUCAUAAUUGUUUGAGCCCACCUGAGCACCAGGAACAGCAAGAUGCCUCCAUCCAUGUCCCUUCCUCCCUGGAUGUUGGACAUCUGCAGAGACGUUUCGCAUGAGCCACCAUGAAGAGUUGGCCUCCACGUGUGUGUGCCUAAGCCUUGGUAUACAAUGAGACACCUGCAACUUCGUUUUAAACCUUAAGUUAUUCUUUUCAGGUUUUUCCUGCGACAUUUGGCUCAUUAAA